AUGUAAUUAAAUUAUAUUUUUUUUCAGGCACCUAAGCCAUAAUAUACUUCAGAGUCUUUUGGAACUAAUUUGAUAUUUAUCAAAAGCAAGGAUAGAUAAGUUCCUUGUUUUAUGAUGAAAGGGAAUUCUAAAAUUUGGAUAAUCUAUUUUCAUGGAAAUUCACAAGAUUUGUAUAUAAAUUGAUUAAAAGUAUAGAUUAGGAGCAUCCUAAUUUAUGUAAUAAUUAAAAAAUGCCACAGAAAAAGAUUUCAAUAUAUUAGCAAUAGAAUAUCCUGAAUAUGGACUAUAUAAAAAUGCAGAGAUUACUGAAGAAAAUAUUUAGUAAGAUGCAAUCGCUGCUUUUGAGUAUAUAGAGAAAACCUAAGAAAAUGCAGAGAUUUAUAUAAUGGGGAGGUAGAAUAAUAGAUAAUUAUUAGGUCUAUGGGGACAGGUCCAGCAUGUUAUUUGGCCAGUCUCAAUAAAGGAAAAGGUUUAAUUUUAAUAUCAGCAUUUGCUUCAUUUAGCAAAAUAGCAUAUUAACAUGCUGGCAUAUUUGGAGCAAUAGUUAAAAAUAGAUUUUAGAAUGCUAUUUAUGCAAAAGAUAUAACUAUUCCUACUUUAUUGGUACAUGGCAAAGCUGAUGAUAUCAUUAGUUACACUUAAACUAUAGAAAUAUAUGAAAAGUAUAAUAGAUUUAUAGACUAGUUUACGUUCAAUUUUGAAGCUAAUAGUUCUUCCUCCAGAUAUGACUCACACAAAAUAUGAUAUGAUUAAAGACAUAAGUGAACCAUUAGAAGAUUUCUUUAAUUUAGUAAUCAAUAAUUGA